CUUCUUUUGACCUGAUGAUUUUUGGAAAUCCGCAGUGGCUUGAUGCACUGCAUUUUUUUUUUUUUUGACAAGUUUCCCCCUUUUCUUUCUCUCUACUUCUUUUCAGUUUAAUAUGGUUAGCUUCCAAUGUGAAGGCUGUGGUGACAUUGUCAAGAAACCAAAAUGCAAGAUUCAUCAACAACGCUGUCAUGCUCCAUUUACCUGUAUUGAUUGUCACCAAACUUUCCCUGGUAGUAGCUAUCAACCUCAUAAUCAAUGUAUGACUGAAAGUGAAAAAUAUGAAAAAGGAUAUAAAGCACCCAAAAACAAACAACAACCCAAAAAGACGACUUCAACAUCAGCACAACCUGAUAGUAUUAUUGCACAACUUGAGAAAAAGAAGGAACAAAUCAAACGACCUUUAGAAGAAGAAGAUCAACAAGAAGAAACUAACACAAAGGAAAACAAAAAGGCCAAGAAGGAAAAAAAGGAAAAGAAGGAAAAGAAAACCAAAUCUUUGUUGGAAUGGUCUACUACUGAAUUGGAUACUGAUAAGAAUAAACAAAUUGUGUUGGCUUUGGAAUAUAUCUUGAAGAAGGAUCAGACUACACUUUCAGUGGAAGAGUUACGUAACAAGGUGACUUCAAUGAUUAUAUCUCAUCCCAAGGUACCCAAAGAUAUGAAGAAAGAAGACUAUAAUGCAUUAUUUGAUCAAACUGUGGGUCUUAGUUUCAAUAGCAAGAAAAAGAAGGUUGUUUUUAGUUCAUUGAAGAAAUAAAUUAGCUUUAUAUUUAAUAUAGUCAUCAUUAUUGUAAUAAAAAAAGGAAUUCAUUCAAGCAUUAUAAAUAUUCAAAAUAAAAUAAAAAAAUCAUCCAUUAUUUUGC